AUGGUAUACCUCUUUAAAUAUGACUCCACUCACGGCCGUUUCAAGGGCACCGUUGCCGUUGAGGGUGAAUUCCUCGUCGUCAAUGGAAACAAAAUCUCUGUCUUCAGUGAGAGAGACCCUAAAGCCAUUCCAUGGGGUAAGGCUGGCGCUGAAUACGUCGUGGAAUCUACUGGUGUGUUCACAACAACCGAAAAGGCAUCCGCCCACUUGGAGGGUGGAGCCAAGAAGGUCAUCAUUUCUGCCCCAAGUGCCGACGCUCCCAUGUUCGUAGUUGGAGUUAACCUUGAUGCCUACGAUCCUUCUUUCAAGGUUAUUUCUAACGCAUCUUGCACCACCAACUGCCUUGCUCCCCUCGCUAAGGUUAUUCAUGACAACUUCGAAAUUGUUGAGGGUCUGAUGACCACAGUGCAUGCAACCACUGCUACCCAGAAAACAGUUGAUGGACCCUCUGGAAAACUGUGGCGUGAUGGUCGUGGUGCUCAACAGAAUAUCAUUCCUGCCUCCACUGGAGCCGCUAAAGCCGUAGGCAAAGUAAUUCCGGCUUUGAAUGGAAAGCUGACUGGUAUGGCUUUCCGAGUUCCAGUCGCGAACGUUUCUGUAGUAGAUCUGACAGUCCGCCUGGGUAAGGCAGCUAGCUACGAUGCUAUCAAACAAAAGGUCAAGGAAGCCGCUCAGGGUCCUUUGAAGGGUAUCCUCGACUACACCGAGGAACAGGUCGUAUCUUCUGACUUCAUUGGCGACACACACUCAUCUAUCUUCGAUGCUGCCGCUGGUAUCUCUCUGAAUGAUAAUUUCGUCAAGCUCAUCAGCUGGUACGAUAAUGAGUAUGGUUACUCCAACCGUGUGAUUGAUCUCAUCAAAUACAUCCAGACCAAGGAUUAA